UACUGUGCAAAUUGUCGUAAGCUAGGACGAAGAGAACGAUUAUGAAACAAUAAUAGAAAACAGUGAUAUAUUUUAAAUUGUUGAAAUGUUGAAAAGAAUAGUUAAAUUCGUCUAUCCCGGAGGGGUCAUCGUGACGGCUGGAAUAUUUCCAUUCAAACUGGAUAACCCUGAUCAUGUGGAACAUGAGCCGCUGCACAAAAUGUACGAAAAUGCCCCCGGAGAUCAGCUAACCGGCAAGCAAAGGCUUUAUCAAAUGGUUACACUUGACGAAUUCGGACGAGUAUCCAGCGAGGCGAAUUCGAUAUACCAAGCUGGAUUCCUAGGUUUCAUGGUAGGGGCAUGUUAUGGUGGAUUCAUUCAAUCACGUGUGGCAUAUAUGAACUUUAUGGAAAGGAACCAGGCUACCGCCUUCAAGUCUAGCUUCGAGGCAAAGAGAAAACUCCAAGACCAGGUUACAGUGAACUUUGCGAAAGGCGCUUUCAAAUGGGGUUGGCGACUUGCCCUGUUUACAACUAGUUACAUAGGUAUCCAAACCAUCAUUUCGGUGUACCGUGGCAAAUCCUCGAUCUAUGAGUAUCUGGUAGCGGGUGCAACGACAGGCGCUCUGUACAAAUUUAAAAUGGGCCUGAAAGGAAUGACUAGUGGAGGUGUCAUAGGUUUUGCAUUUGGUGGAAUCGCUGGAGCUCUUUCACUAGCGAUUCUCAAAGCCAGCGGUACAACGAUGGAGGAGGUCCGCUUUUGGCAGUAUAAAUGGAGAGCUAAUCGUGACCAUAUGAUCAAUGAAAGCAUUAAAAAACAAACCUCGGCGGAGCGGGAUAUUUUACUGGAAAACCACCAUGCUAAAUUCGGAGAGUCAAAUAUAACGUUGAAUCAGAUAGAAACGUCCGCUGCGGUACCUGUUAGCAUUCCCAGUGAUAAGGAUAGCAUCAAAGCUCAGAUAGCAAAAACAGAAGAAACGGUAAAAAAAUAGAUUCUAUUCGUUGAAAAUGCAGUGAUAUCCACUAGCGUUAUUUCAAAAUAAGGAAUUAUCGGCAGUAAAUUUGGAACAUGAAUAUUAUUGAUGCGACCGAGCAGCCAGAAGUUUUUCUCGAGCCUGCAAUUGUUCGUGUUUCAAGCGAAGUUGCAGUAGCCAGG